AUGGCUUUAUAUCAUCUUGAUGGUGAAGCUCUAAUUUGGUUUCAGGAGGCUGAACAGGCAAGAGGAUUUGCAAGUUGGGAAGUGUUUGUUCAAGCUUUGCAAACUCGAUUUGGGACCAUUGCCUAUGUUGACCGUAUGGAAGCAUUGACAAGACUCAAGCAGAUGACUUCUGUGGUGGCUUACAAAGGUAAUUUCAAAAUUUUUUCUAAUAGAAUCACGGGGUUAUUUGAGUCUCACAAAUUGAGUUGCUUUUUAAGUGGGUUAAAGGAUGAGAUAAGAUUGCCUAUUAGGAUGUUAGUUCCUAAAACCCUUAAUGAAGCUUUUGGUUUAGCAAAGAUUCAAGAAGAAUAUGUUAACAGUAGUAGGAAAGCAUUUAGAGGUGUAACUGAUAAUGGGAGGGCUUCAAUUUUGGGUGCCCCUAAAUUGGAAGCUAUGGUGGAGCCAAGAACUAAGGUCCCAUUGCAGAGGUUGACUAGUGCACAAAUGGAGGAAAGGAGGAAACAAGGUCUGUGUUACAAUUGUGAUGAGAAGUGGCAGAUGGAGCACAAAUGCAAGGGAGCUAAAUUGUUUCUGUUGGAGGAAAUAUCCAUGGAAGUAGAACCUAGAACUUCAGGUGCAUUUCAGAGGAGUGGGGUUGGCAAGGAUGGCAUUGACCCUGCUGAGAUUACUUUAUAUGCAUUAGUAGGGUGCCCUACUUUUAAGACCGUGAGGGUAAGGGGAAGAAUCAAGAAACAAGAAGUGGUGUCUCUUAUUGAUUCUGGGAGCACCCACAACUUCUUGGAUGCUUCUGUGCUACCAAGAUUGCAGUUGCAACUUGAUACCUCUCGGGUAUUAGAGGUUAAAGUAGCUGAUGGAGGUUGUGAGGUGGUUCUUGGUACUCAAUGGUUGAGUACUUUGGGGGAAAUUAGCUGGGACUUCCAGUUAUUGACCAUGAAAUUUAUGUACUUGGGUAAAAGGGUGUUUUUGCAAGGAUUACAGACUGCUCCAUCAACCAUUUCAAAAGCUGCAGAGAAGUGUUUGCUGUUCCCACUGGUUUACCACUUGUUAGAGGUCAUGAGCAUGGCAUUAUCCUCAAGGAAGGCUCUUAACCUGUUUGUGAAAGGCCUUACAGGUUAUAUUCAGCCUAGCCAAAGUCCAUUUUCUUCACCUGUCUUACUUGUAAGGAAGGCUGAUGGUAGUUGGAGGAUGUGCAUUGACUAUAGGGCUUUAAAUAAGGCAACCAUUAAAGAUAAGUUUCCAAUUCCAGUGAUAGAUGAACUGUUGGAUAAACUAGCAGGUGCUUCCAUUUUCUCUAAACUCGAUUUAAGGUCAGGUUAUCAUCAAAUAAGAAUGAAGAGUGAGGAUGUGCCCAAGACUGCCUUUAGAACUCAUGAAGGACACUAUGAGUUCCUAGUCAUGCCCUUUGGGCUGACUAAUGCCCCAUCCACCUUUCAAGCAUUAAUGAAUUCUUAUUUUAGACCUUCUUUGAGAAUGUUUGUUCUAAUAUUCUUUGAUGACAUCCUUGUUUUCAGUAAGUGCUUGGAUGAUCAUGUUUCUCAUUUAAGGAUUGUUUUAAGGGUUUUGCUGUCUCAUCAGCUUUAUGCUAAGCAGUCUAAAUGUGUUUUUGGGUGUUCUAAAGUGGAAUAUUUGGGCCGUAUAAUCUCUGGAGAGGGUGUUAAGGCUGAUUCUAAGAAAAUUUUUGCAAUGCUCCAAUGGCCAAUACCAGAAAAUGUGAAGGCUUUAAGGGGUUUCCUAAGUUUGACAAGGUAUUAUAGAAAGUUCAUUAAGGGUUAUGGUUCAAUUGCCCAACCUUUAACUGAUCUUCUUCGAAAAGAUGCAUUUCAAUGGACUGACAAGGCUUUGGAGGCAUUUCUCCGUUUGUUAUAG